AUGGCGCUGCCAAAGAGAAUCAUAAAGGAGACGGAACGACUGAUGGCAGAGCCUGUGCCUGGAAUCAGUGCCAUUCCUCAUGACGAUAACCUGAGGUACUUUGACGUGAGCAUACAUGGCCCGUCUCAGUCACCCUAUGAAGGGGGCAUCUUCAAACUCGAACUUUUUCUGCCAGAAGACUAUCCCAUGACACCACCCAAGAUCCGGUUUCUGACCAAAAUCUAUCAUCCAAACAUCGAUAAAUUAGGACGAAUCUGUCUAGACGUCUUGAAGAGCAAUUGGUCGCCAGCUUUGCAGAUCAGAACCAUUCUCCUAUCCAUACAAGCUUUGCUAGGAGCACCGAACCCCGACGAUCCAUUGGCAAACGACGUUGCUCAGAGAUGGAAGGAGGACCAAGAGGCUGCCAUCCAGACCGCCAGAGAAUGGACUCAGACACAUGCUAAAUCAUAA